AUGAAUAACGAUAAACGUCCAAAAAAACAAAAACAAGCAGCAGGUUAUGCAUUUUAUUCAUAUGAUCCCAUUAAUGAAAACUUUAAUACCAAUAAUAUUAAUAACGAACAUCAAAAUGCCGAGGCCAACUUCUUAUAUCCUAUUUCUACUACAACCCAAUUAGCAAACACAUUAUAUGAACGUCAAGAACCAACAACAUCAAUUACGCAAACAAUCAUGCAUAACCAAAUCACCACCAACCAAAGCACUAUAAAUUCAAACGAAAAUAUCACAAAUCAUAAUACUUCUCUUCCUUCUUCACUUGAUUUAGCAUUUAUCAAUCAACGACUUGAAGUUCAUGAGUCAGUAAUAGACUUUAAUAAUUUGGAAAACUCUGAAAAUAAUACUAAAGAUGAAUAUGCACCCUCAGUUGUUUCUUCGCAAAUAUCUACAUCAACAAUUGCUACCCAUUCCUCACAAACAUCUAUCAUUAAACAAAAAAGAAAGCGCUCAAAUACAAGCUGGGUGUGGAAGUGGUUUAAUAGAGAUGAAAAUGAAAGAAUUGCUAAAUAUAAAAUUACAGGAUGUAAUGUAGUUCUUUCUUUGGAUACUUCCACAUCCUCCUAUUCUUAUCAUCUUGCAAUUCAAACAAUAUAUCAAGCAAUGCAAAUAGAUGAAAAUGCUAAAAUCUGUAAAGAUGGAAAUAAUCUAGCCACAUUAUAUAUGACAGAUAAUGAGUGGGAUGGUAUUAAAGAACUAGUAUUUGUUCUUCAUCCAUUUGCACAAGCUACUAACUUUUUAAGAAAUGCAACUUAUUCAACUAUAUCUAUUCUUUAUCAUACAAUUAAAAAUCUUUUUCAACAUAUUCAAUAUAAUACUCAACAGCUUAUUUAUCAACCCAUUAUUCAAAUUCGAAAUGCUAUUCUUAAUUCAAUGAAAAAUCAUUGGAAAGAUCCUCAAGAUCUUGGACUUUUGACAUCCUUAAUGGAUUUAUAUUUUAAAUCACUUGUCUUUGUUUCAUUCUCACAAAAAGAACAUGCACUAUCUCUUAUUCAUAAUUAUAUUAAUUCAUCAUCGAAAGCUGAAUCUUCUUCAUCUGUAACCAACUUAUCAUCUCCUAUGUUACAAUUUUUUGAGAAAUUUGGAAUAUGUGAAAUACAUGAAACUAAGUCUGAAUUAGAUCUUUAUAUGAACAUUCCUAUUCUUUCUCCAACCGAAGAAAAUGAUCCAAUUCAUUGGUGGAAAGUUAAUCAUAAUACUUUUCCUCAAUUAGCAAAAAUUGCUCAUUGUUAUUUGUCUAUUCCUGCAAGUUCAGUUCUGGCUGAAAGAUUAUUUUCUAAUGCAGGUAAUAUUCUCACUGAGAAACGUAAUCAUCUUGAUCCAACUACUGUUUCGGAUCUUUUAUUUUUACAACAAAAUUCGACUAUUUUUACAAUUGUUUCUAAAUAA